AUGAAAUUAGCGGACGACAGAUUCAUCGGACCUCCGAUCUCCAAAAUACCUCAACUCCGGGAACAACCGACCCGGCCCGAUCCACAAACCGCCGGAGUCGCCAGCGACCAAAUUCUCGUUCCCGAGACUCCUUCUCUGUCGAAUCGCGUUAAGACUCUUAUCUCGUGGUCCGUCUUCUUCCUCCUCGCCGUCAUCGUCCCAUUGAUCUCCCACUUCGUGCUAACCUGCACCGAUUGUGAAUUCAAACUCAACCGUCCAUACGACGCCUUGGUGCAGCUCUCGCUAUCGAUAUUCGCCGGAAUCUCGUUUCUGAGUCUCUCGGAUUGGUUUAGGAAAUACGGAAUCCGAAAGUUCUUGUUCCUCGAUAAGCUUAAAGACGUCAGCGACAAAGUCAGGAUCGGGUACGAAGCCGAAAUCCAGAGAUCAACGAAGCUAUUGGCUAUCUUCGUCCUCCCAUCGUUAACGCUUCAAGCAGUCUAUCGCAUCUGGUGGUAUGCUUCAGGCUCAGACCAAAUCCCUUACAUUAUCAACCCAACGCUGAGCCAUGUCUUAGCCUGCACGUUACAGCUCUCUUCUUGGCUCUACCGUACAUCACUCUUCAUCACCGCCUGUAUCGUCUACCAAAUCAUCUGCCACCUUCAGAUCCUCCGUCUCGACGAAUUCGCCCGCUGCUUCGCCUCCGAGAUCACUGAUUUCAGCUCCACGCUCGCCGAGCAUUUGAAAAUCCGGCGUGGGCUAAAGAUUGUUAGUCACCGUUUCAGGCGAUUCCUUUUAUUGUCAUUGUUCUUCGUCACUGCCACUCAGUUUAUGGCCUUGCUUACCACCAUUAGAGCUAGUGUUCCCUUUCAUAUCUAUGAAGUUGGUGAGCUCGCGAUUUUGUCGCGUCGUCGUAAUGUUGUUCAAUCAUCUGAUGAUGAUGAAGAAGAAGGAGGAGACAGUGAUCUUGACAAAAUACAUCCAAUCUAUGCACGAGACAUAUGUUUUCAGAAACGUCAAGCUUUAGGAUCAUCGGACCUCCGAUCUCCAAAAUACCACAACUCCGGGAACCGACCCGACCCGAUCCACAAAUCGCCGGAGUCACCAGCGACCAAAUUCUCGUUCCCAAGGCUCCUUCUCUGGUUCGAUCAGUCGAAUCGCGUUAAGACUCUUAUCUCGUGGUCCGUCUUCUUCCUCCUCGCCGUCAUCGUCCCAUUAGCCUCCCACUUCGUGCUAACCUGUGCCGAUUGCGAUUUUAAACUCCGCCGUCCGUACGACGCCUUAAUUCAGCUUUCGCUGUCGAUCUUCGCCGGAAUCUCGUUUCUGAGUCUCUCGGAUUGGUUUAGGAAAUACGGAAUCCGAAAGUUCCUGUUCUUCAAUAAGCUCAAUGACGUCAGCGAAAAAGUUAGGAUCGGGUACGAAGCCGAAAUCCAGAGAUCAACGAGGCUAUUGGCUAUCUUCGUCCUCCCAUCGUUAACGCUUCAAGCAAUCUAUCGCAUCUGGUGGUAUGCUUCAGGCUCAGACAACAUCCCUUACAUCAUCAGCCCAACUCUGAGCCAUGUCGUAGCCUGCACGCUACAGCUCUCUUCUUGGCUCUACCGUAAUUCACUCUUCAUCAUCGCCUGUAUCGUCUACCAAAUCGUCUGCCACUUUCAUAGUCUCCGUCUGGAUGAUUUCGCCCGCCGCUUCGCCUCUGAGAUCACUGACUUUAGAUCCACGCUCGCCGAGCAUUUGAGAAUCCGCCGUGAGCUAAAAGUUGUUAGCCACCGUUUCAGGCGAUUCAUUCUGUUGUCGUUGGUCUUCGUCACUGCCACUCAGUUUAUGGCGUUGCUCACCACCACUAGAGCUAGUGUUCCCUUUGAUAUCUACGAACUCGGCGAGCUCGCGUUAUGCUCCAUAAGUUUGGUCUCAGGGGUUUUCAUAUGCUUGAAAAGUGCAACACAGAUGACUCACAAAGCUCACUCUGUGACGAGCAUUGCCACAAAAUGGAACGUUUGCGCCACUUUAAACACGUUUGAUGAUGAUCUUGAUGAUGGAGAAGCUCCUAAAUGUCCAACAUCAAGACAACAUUCCCGGACUUUGUCACAUCGUCGUAUUGCUAUUCAGUCAUCUGAUGAUGAAGAAGAAGUAGAAGGAGACAGUGAUCUUGAAUAUACCACGAUUCAUCCAAUCUAUGUCCGAGACAUUUCUUCUUUCCAGAAACGUCAAGCUUUAGUGACGUAUCUAGAGAACAACAAAGCUGGGAUCACUGUUUACGGAUUCUUGAUGGAUAAAACUUGGUUGCGUAUGAUCUUUAGCAUCGAGCUUGCUCUUCUUCUAUGGCUGCUCAGAAAGACAAUCGUGAACGUAGCAUGAAAACGAAAUCGUGUCUUGGUUUCUCUCACAAUAAAGGACAUGGUUAGUUGCAGAGAUGAUCUUUCCGGCUAUAUAACAAGUUGUUUUUUGUCGAUCGUCUAUUGAUAUACUUGUAUGAUAAUCAAUGUUUGAUUUUUAAAAUUAUUAAAAUACAAAAACGAAGAACUGAAGUUGUAUCUUAUAAUUCUAAGAUUAUAAAAAUCCAUCAAAUGUCUUCAAAACCUCUAUACUGUACUCCAAUCGUCUUCCUUAGACUUUAACACUGCCACAAUCAUUCCUCGGGUCAAAGGAAACUGGAAAUACAUUAAUGCCACAAACCAUAGGUAAACCGAUAAGUUUAUUGAUAUCUGCUUUAAUCGUUUGUACAUACGUUUCAAGACAUACGCAGAAAAUCCGACGAUCUUGUGUCGUCGGAACUAUACGGUAAAUUGUUUCCAAACUUUUGCAACAAUCUGGUUUUGGCUGAGAAUCUUGUUCUGGACCGGUAAUGUAUGAUAAACACGACAUCAAGGUGGCUGUCACAUCAGGGCAUAUGAUACUACGCACUGUUUUGACGUUGUAAACCAAGAAGAGAAUAGUAAUUGAAACAACACAAGUAUUGAAAAAU